GAGUUACCCCAGCAACUAACUGCCCCACAAAGGGAGUUACCCCAGCAACUAACUGCCCCACAGAGGGAGUUACCCCAGCAACUAACUGCCCCACAAAGGGAGUUACCCCAGCAACUAAAUGCUCCAUAAAGGGAGUUACCCCAGCAACUAAAUGCUCCAUAAAGGGAGUUACCCCAGCAACUAAAUGCUCCAUAAAGGGAGUUACCCCAGCAACUAAAUGCUCCAUAAAGGGAGUUACCCCAGCAACUAAAUGCUCCAUAAAGGGAGUUACCCCAGCAGUUAACUGCCCCACAGAGAGCGAGUUACCCCAGCAGCUAACUUCUACACAGAGAGCACCGCCAGCAACCAACUGCUCCCAUUGUUAGGUAGGCUGGGGCUGCUGGCUGAGCUCUUGGGGUUCCUGACUGGAUUUGGGGUGUCACUGCUCCAGCCAUGGAUGGCCCUGAGGCAGCUGAAGGGGACAAUGUCCUGAACCUGUGCCGCCUAGGGCUGGAGAACUUAAGUCAGGAGCUGGAGAACCUGAGCCUGGAGCAGGUGGCAGAGGACAGGAGAAAGGAGGUCCACCAGCUGCUCCUCUCACACAACCGGAUGAUAGUCCUACCCCCACAGGUGGCCACCUUCUCCAACCUCCUGCUCCUGGACAUCAGCAACAACAACCUGGCUUACCUGGGGGAGCACAUAUUGGGCCUCACCAAACUCCGAACCCUGCUGGCCAAAAACAACCGGCUGGAUGAGUUCUCUCUCCCCAAGGAGAUGGGCAGCAUGAAACUGGAGGUGCUCAACCUGAGUGGGAACCAUUUUGAGGAGAUACCCAGCCAGAUCAUGCAGCUCCAGACCCUCAAAACCCUCUCUUUAGGGGGGAAUCGGCUGAAGGGCAUCCCAGAGGAGAUAGACAACCUGAUCAGCCUGGAGUUCCUAUACCUGGGCGGUAAUUUCAUCACAUCUAUCCCACCAGAACUGGCCAACUUACCAUAUCUCAGUUACCUGGUCCUAUGUGAUAACCGGAUCCAGAGUGUCCCACCGCAGCUCGCACAGGUGUAUUCUCUACGCUCGCUCAGCCUCCAUAAUAACCUCCUGACAUAUUUGCCCCGUGAAAUCCUUAGUUUGGUGCACUUGCAGGAGCUCAGUUUGAGAGGAAACCCACUUGUAGUAAGAUUUGUUCGCGAUCUGACAUACACUCCACCAUCGCUACUGGAACUGGCUGGCCGAACGAUCAAAAGUCGUGGCGUUCCAUAUGGCCCGUGGGAGCUCCCUGAAAACUUACGGAUGUAUCUAGACCUGGCCAGCAAAUGCCCCAACCCCAAGUGUAGUGGUGUUUACUUUGAUUCUUGUGUGCGCCAGAUCAAAUUUGUGGAUUUUUGUGGAAAGUAUCGCCUGCCUCUCAUGCACUAUCUAUGCUCCCCAGAGUGCUCCUCACCCUGCUGUUCAACGUCUCAUAGUAGUGAGUCUGACUCUGAAGAUGAGGCCAGUGCAGCUGCGCGCAGAAUGCAGAAAGUACUUCUGGGAUGAUGUGAAGGGUUGAGGCUUCCCCUGGUACCAACUGAAUGGAAGAAUCUGUCUGUGCAAGCGACAGAGUAAGACCAUCGUCUACUUCUUGUUACUCAGCGUCGGUUAAUCCUUUAUUGUGGGGCCAUGUGCCAAAUCGCAUAUCUGGGUCAGAACAGGGUGAUCCAGCACCAGAUCCCAGUUUGCCAUUUGGACUCUGACACUGCGGGCCACUCUGUAGCUGCACCAUGUACUCUGCCGGUCUAAGGGACAAUGAAAUGUGUAGCCUCUUCUGGAGUAUUCGAUUAAUCUCCUCCAUUAACUUUACAAUAACCACCAUGUUUAAAUCAUUGCUGGUGGAGGCUAAUCUCUAUUAACGUAGGGCUCUGGUUCUAUCGUUGUUCUGUCAUUGUUGUCUAUCGUAUAACAUAAACUGACCUUGUGUGACCUUUCCUCCUCUCUGGACACUAUGUGGUACUUCUUGCCCAAGUUCAAGUUUAGGCCUGUUUGGAAUAAUGCUGUCUCUUAAAAAACUGAGUGACACUUGGCAUAUUACACCGAAAAAGAGACACCAACAACAAUAGUGUUCUAUUGAUACAUGUACGAUGUACAUGCUGUGGGUUCUAGAACCCAGUAAAGACUCUGAUGCACACAAUGGGUACCUGGAACAUAGCAAACCUGCUUCAGAAUCCAUCUGUAUUGCAUCCUGUAAGCGGUGUACAGCCAGCACUGACAUAGCUAGUGAUCGGGGUCCUAUCCCUAGACAUGUGUCAUGGGAACCGCUGCAGGAGAGCCAGAGCUCGACACUUGUCAGUCUUGUAAAUAGACCGUUUACUUCCCCAGACCUGUCUGUGGGUUAUUCUGUUUCUUUUUGUAAAUGAUGUAACUAUAAGAAAUAACCUGUUACUACUUCAGUAGUGAUUAUAUAUAGGGCCGAGCCACCACUGCCCCACACUUAUCUUUAUAAGGUGAAGAAAUCCGGGCUGUCAACAUUUUUUGUUUUUGUUUGCAGCUUCGUGUCUGGUUUCUGAGAACGAACCCAGGAAUUGCAGCAAUAAUUUUAAGAACAUAAAGCAUUUAAUAAUCAGA